AUGUCCAGCUCCUCUCCUCGCCACUCGCCUCCUCCAUCUGCAGCGGCGCCGAGGCCAAAGGGAAUUCUCAAAAACGCCAGUGCAAGCGGCCUUGAGCGUCAAGCAAGCGCCGUUGCACCUCAAGGUGCUCAGAGCCCCCCAGUCGAUGAGCAUGGAAAUAGGUGAGCAUGCCCAGCUGGUCAUCCUUCUUGUGCUGCUUCCGCUUUCGUCUCGCUGCAGUGCCGAGUUGGACUGACUUCGGUGCUUGAUGGCUCAGGUUGGCUUGGGAUGAGACCAACCUCACGCUUCACGAGAUCGAGAGGGAGAAUACGGCAGCUCGUAUGAAGAUCGAUGAGCCCAAGACACCUUUCGUCAGAAGUGCGAGCUUGGGAAGCGUCGACGGUGAGUCAGAAUGUCCUGUUCAGCCAGCUUUCAGCGCAGUAGUCUACUGAUUCGACAAAUGAUUUGCGAUUGCUCAGCCCUCGAUCUGGACAAUGAGCACAACUACUUCGAAGGCAGCGGCGGGGGAGAUAGCAGCUCGAGCAGCGGUGGUCAGAACAGCCUGCCAGAAGGGACCUCAGCCGCCGAUCUGUUGGCAGCCAACACAUCAGCCAAUGCAGGCCCGGGAGGCAGAGCUGGCAGCGCAGGCCUAGCAGUAGGUCUGGAUGCAGCAGAUGUUUCGACGCUCUCAACCAGGCGAGGAUCAGGUGCAGAGUCUGUCCUCUCGACCGGAGAGAACCCAUCGCCUGCUGGCAGAGCCACUAGCAGGAGCCCCAGCUUCAGCUUGCCGCCCAGCAGUAGAAGGAGCAGCUCGUCCAGUGCUAGAAACAACGAUCGUGGCGCCGUGAGGGACGAGGCGCGCGGCAGGGGCGUCGACGACAUGGACACCCGACCCGACGAGACUCUCGAUGACGAGGAUGACGAAGAUUUGGACCCAGAGGGUAAGCGACGACGGCAGCUUUGCUGCCAAUCAAAAUACCACUUCAGCAUCCUGAUGUCGCGACUGCCGCCCGUGCCCUUCACAGAAAAAGCCAAUCGUGCGGCCUUUGCUCAGAAACGCCACCAACACUACGGCAACGAGGCUCAGGCGUGAGUCGACUGCCGAUAGUUGACAAUCGAGCACCAAAUGCGCUUUUUGGUAGAUACAUCUGCUGAUGCUGUGCCAGUCUCUGUCACACCAAUUCUCAGUAUGAAGCUCGCAGCUGCUCUGGCAGCCCAAGAAGACGAGGAGGAGGAGGAGGAGGAGGAAGGAGGUGAUGGAAGCAGUGGAGGACCUUCGCGCACCAUCCCGCCAGUCCCACCUCUUCCCAACUCUGUCCACUAA